AUGGGUCUAAGAGAGAUAUCUAUUACAUGCACCCUUCUGUGUUUUCAGACCAGAUUUUUGGGGCUUCUUGUUGAUACUUUGCGUCUCCCUACCUAUUGCUUGGUAGACUCUGAUCCGUGCGGUUUUGACAUCCUGUACACGUAUCGGUUUGGUUCUAUGCAAAUGGCCUAUGAUGCAAAAUUACUACGGGUCCCUGAGAUACUCUGGCUUGGAGCCUUCGUUUUGGACUCAGAGAAGUACCGUCUUCCACAACAGUGUCUCAUUCCCUUGACAGCAGAAGACAAGAGGAAAACGGAAGCCAUGUUACGUAGAUGCUACUUACAAAGAGAAGAGCUAGAGUGGAGAUUGGAACUACAAUUGAUGCUGGAAAGAGGAGUGAAAUUUGAGUUCGAAGCAUUGUCUGUGCAUGAACUUAACUUCUUGUCGGCCGUGUACAUACCAUCUAAAAUUCAAGGUGGAGUAUACAUCUAA